AUGACGAACCAAAGUCUUAGCGAGAAUGGAGUGCACACUAGUACAAGGGUUACUUUUACGAAUAUGUGGGGGACUGAAAAGCUCCACUACGAGAAGGAGGAGGAUCGCUCAAAAAGAUACGAACUACCCAGGGAAGUGAAGGUACACUUGAUCAAAUGGAUGUACGAGAAUCAAGUCUUCUACAUGAACAACUUCGUCCCCAAAGUUGGGGAACCAUCCCUAGAGCAUUUCUUCGCUUGUUGUGGUCUUGAGGAUACAACGAAACCCAUGGAGGCGCGUAAAUUCUUCACAAAUUCCAUUCGAAGUUUCGCAAAGAAUUUCACGCGCCAGAUCAAGGACCUAACAGGAUAUGACGGUGACCUAAUCCCAAUAAGAGCUGGACAAUCUGAGAUCCGCAACGCGAGGUACUCGCGGGGCUUUGAAUAUUUCAGCGAUGACCACUGGGAUGGCAAGGUCGUGAAGAAGUUUUUAGAACCCGAGGAGUUGAAUGAGAAAGUUCUGUACGGCUUGCAAAAGCGCUUGUAUACCAAAGACGAGUUCGACAAGAUCGCGUCACUGAUUGCAGAAUACAGCCAAGACUACAACCAGUCACCUUCAAGCGAUAAUGACUUUAGCAGUCCGCUCAGCAACACGCAACUCUCUUCUUCCACACCAGGAGAUGCCACGAGGGUAGGAAUCUGGCUGUCUUCAUUCCCUGACACCUCAGGAGCCCACGAAGAAGUUCUAUUGCCGUCAGCCCCUUCGACCUCAUGCUCGUCCGCGUUCCCUAAAUUAUCGAAGGGCGCUCCUCGCGGCAAAAAGCGCAGCGCAGAAGAAGAACUUGAAACCAUACCCUCCAUUUCUACCCCCACGCCAUCUUCGACUGAAGCCAAGAAAUACCGAAAGGCAAGUCAAAACAAACGUGUCACUACGAAGACUUUCGAAGUCCUCUCUUGCGUGACCGGCAACAGCCUUCAAACAUGA